UUUUAUGAUUUAUUUCAGUUACAAAAAGAUUAUAAGUAUCGUUGAAAAAUCAAAAUGCCAACAAGGCAAAAAACUAUAUUUUGUCAAUGAGCAAAAAAUUGUUUUCAUAAAAGAUUUUUGUAAAUGUUGUGUACCUAGAUGAAUAAUUCGGAAACAAUGUCCGUAUUUGACGGUGAAAUUGAAUUCAGAUCUGUGUAUAUGGUGGAUUUUGGAAAAAAAACAAACCCAAGAGUCCUCGUCGCAAGGCAGUCGACGAUGACUGUCUGAUCGUGGGCCUGAGUCGUGACUCUCUCAAGGCUAAGGAUGCGCCUCGCCGCUGUCCCGAUGUACUCUGUCCCAUCCGGCAUGAAUACUACAAGGACGCCGUGGAACGGUUUCGCGAGGAUUACCCGAAGCUGACCAAGAUGUACAUGUCCAAGGAUAUUGAUCCCACACCAAUCGAGCACGAGAUACAGGACUUGAAGAGGACAGAGUAUCUGUGCAAGUACUGCUCUAGAGAGCUCCCGUUCAUGUCAGUGAACCUAGCACGGCGAGCGCGCGCACUCCAAACUCUUCGUCUGCCCGACGACGUGGACAUCCCGGACACCAGCCAGCGCGGCUCGUACCGCCCCCCACGCCCGGAGAAGUACGCCGACCCGCCCUCGUCGCUGUCCAUGCGGCCGAAGUACGAUCCGUCUUUGCAAAAGGAGCUUCGCCGCAUAUUGCGCGUGAAUACCGGCGACACGAGCUACGGUGCGAGCCACGGGCUGCUCGGCAAAGUGGUUCUGGAGAAGAACCCCUUCGGCCGCCCACGCAAAGAGCCGAAGUACGGACGUUGGAGGAACCCAUACAUUUACACAUAUUGGCUGUAGACUGUGAUCUGAUAAUUCAUUUCGACUUUGAUAAAUUUCACUUAAUACAUGAACUGGUUUUUCAUUUAUUAUGAAAUCAAUUUAGUACCCUAGUGUAUUAGAGUUUUAUGAAUGAUGUUACCUACUAGAAUAUUGUAAAAAAUCCCUUGUUGAUGAUCUUGGUGAAAUUUCGGACAACUCUUUUUUGCAGUUCCUAACGUAGUAGAUAGACUUUGUUAUUGUUGGGAUAUUACAUGAGGUGCGCUUUGACCUUAACGCAGCGCAGGCCCUUACUUAACUGUUAUAUAUUGCUAGAAGUCCUACUAUGAUGUCCUUGGUCAAAAACUG